UCACAGCACAGCUACUCACUCCCGGUCUUCCCUCCCCUAGUUAGUCGUGCCACUACUACUAAACAAACGAGCCAUUUCUUUGUUCCAUCGCGUCGCCACCCAUUUCUUCCGGCGCCCAAACAACUCCCUCUCCCUCUGCUCCUGUUCCAUCCAUCGGCCUCUCGCCCCAGCGUCCCUGCUAGCCCUGCACCGUACCGGCCCUGCCCAUUCCCGAUGGCGGUGAUGACGGACAUGCCCGCGGCGACGGCGCUGCGCGCGCCGGCCCCGGCCGCCCCGGCCGCCGCGGCGGCGGCGGGCAGCGACAAGGACGCCGAGAAGCUGAGGUUCAUCGAGGAGAUGACCUCCAACGUGGACGCCGUGCAGGAGCGCGUCCUGGCCGAGAUCCUCGCCAGGAACGCCGGGACCGAGUACCUGGCGCGCUGCGGCCUCGCCGGCGCCACCGACCGCGCCGCCUUCCGCGCCAGGGUGCCCGUCGUCACCUACGAGGACCUGCAGCCGGACAUCCAGCGCAUCGCCAACGGCGACCGCUCGCCCAUCCUCUCCGCGCACCCCAUCUCCGAGUUCCUCACCAGCUCUGGAACCUCGGCCGGCGAGCGCAAGCUCAUGCCCACCAUCAAGGAGGAGCUCGACCGCCGCCAGCUGCUCUACAGCCUCCUCAUGCCGGUCAUGAACCUGUACGUGCCGGGGCUGGACAAGGGCAAGGCCCUCUACUUCCUCUUCGUCAAGUCGGAGACGACGACCCCCGGCGGGCUGACGGCGCGGCCCGUGCUGACGAGCUACUACAAGAGCGAGCACUUCAAGAACCGGCCCUACGACCCGUACCACGACUAUACCAGCCCGACGGCGGCCAUCCUCUGCGCCGACGCGUUCCAGAGCAUGUACGCGCAGAUGGCCUGCGGGCUGUGCCAGCGCCACGACGUGCUCCGCGUGGGCGCCGUCUUCGCGUCGGGCCUCCUCCGCGCCAUCCGCUUCCUGCAGCUCCACUGGGAGCAGCUCGCCGACGACAUCGAGGCCGGGUCGCUGACCCCGCGCGUCACCGACCCGUCCGUCCGCGAGGCCGUGGCCGACAUCCUCCGCCCGGACCCGGAGCUCGCCCGGUUCCUCCGCGCCGAGUGCUCCCGCGGCGACUGGGCGGGCAUCGUCACCCGCGUGUGGCCCAACACCAAGUACCUGGACGUGAUCGUCACCGGCGCGAUGCAGCAGUACAUCCCGACCCUGCAGUACUACAGCGGGGGCCUCCCCAUGGCGUGCACCAUGUACGCCUCCUCCGAGUGCUACUUCGGCCUGAACCUCCGCCCCAUGUGCCGCCCGUCGGAGGUGUCCUACACCAUCAUGCCCAACAUGGGCUACUUCGAGUUCCUCCCCGUGGACGAGGCGAGCGGCGUGGCGUCGGGCGACGCGGCGCAGCUGGUUGACCUCGCCCGCGUGGAGGCCGGGCGCGAGUACGAGCUGGUGAUCACCACGUACGCGGGGCUCUACCGCUACCGCGUCGGCGACAUCCUCCGCGUGACCGGGUUCCACAACGCGGCGCCGCAGUUCCGGUUCGUGCGCCGCAAGAACGUGCUGCUGUCCAUCGAGUCCGACAAGACCGACGAGGCGGAGCUGCAGCGCGCCGUGGACCGCGCGUCGGCGCUGCUCCGGGAGCGGCGCGGCGCGGCGGUGGUGGAGUACACGAGCCACGCGUGCACCCGGAGCAUCCCGGGCCACUACGUCGUGUACUGGGAGCUGCUGGCCACCGCGGCGGAGCAGGGGGAGGACGCGGUGGACGGGGAGACGCUGGAGCGGUGCUGCCUGGAGAUGGAGGAGGCGCUCAACUCGGUGUACCGGCAGAGCCGGGUGGCGGACGGCUCCAUCGGGCCGCUGGAGAUCCGGGUGGUGCGGUCGGGCACGUUCGAGGAGCUCAUGGACUACGCCAUCUCACGCGGUGCCUCCAUCAACCAGUACAAGGUGCCCCGCUGCGUGUCCUUCCCGCCCAUCGUCGAGCUGCUCGACUCCCGCGUCGUGUCGCGCCACUUCAGCCCAUCGCCGCCGCACUGGGCGCCGGCGGCGGCACCCCGGGCCGACUAGACCGCCCGCCCGCCCAGAUGCAGCUAAGCUUAGACCGCGCGGUGCACGCAGCGCCACGUUCGCCGUAGUAGUACUAGUAUUAGUUGGUUUGUUUUUGCAAUUUUUUUUGGUCGUGUCAGGCCAAGUAGUAGAGAUGCUACGCUCGUGUUGAUUAGGCCAGUCGUGUUUCGGAGUUAGAGGAGCGUGUUAAGUAGUGUACGUGCUAUGUAAUGUGGGUGGGUGAAACGCUCUGCAGGGGCUAAGCUCUAGCUCGAUUUAGCUGCCGCUGCUGGGUGUUGUUAAUUGCUAGUAGUUCUUAGCGAGUGAUGCCGUUACUAGUACCAGUGCUAGAGUUCUAUGCCAAGUAACGAAAUGUGCCAAAAAAUGAUGUGUACCUACUCCAGUAUCAGCUUUGUUCGCUCGACCGUUGGGUCUUUUAGAUGUUGUGAUGAUGGGCUUUGGACAA